UUCCCCAGUGACACAUUUAAUGCCCUCCUACUCUCACUCUCCCCGCCCUUCUCCCUCUUCUUCCUGCUUUCCUCCCCUUCACUGAGCUUUCGUUGUGUCUGCCCCGUGUAGCAGACAUAUUCGACUGCCAUGUCUAACUUCAAGCGAGCGCCGCAGCAGGGCCCUGCAUCCAGGGCUAGCAUCCUAGGAACCCUGCGGGCGACAUCGAUGAUAGAGUCCAAGACUUCUUUACCCGCUGAAAUCAUAGUAUCGAUCAUGAAUUACUUGCCCGUCUCCGACCUUCUCCGAUUUGCAAGGACAUCAUGGCGAAUGCGCGAGAUGGUUUACGACGAUACGAGAUGGGUGGCGAGGCUCAAAAGUAUGGGAUGCUGGAGCGAGGCGGAGGCUAGGAAGAGAUUUGAGGAUGCCAUGAAGAAGAAGCGGGACGCUGCCGGACGGGCGAACGCCAGAGGCGCCGGUCAGACGAGCACGACCAUAUUUGACGCCACUGUGGAAGAGGAGCGCAGGAAAGUUCAGGCACGGCAGGCUCUGCAACCGCUAGAGCCAAAGCUGGAUGGUUUUGAGACCCUAAGUUUAAUCUCGUCCCAACCAAAGUCGCCUUACGAAGACCCUGCUGCGCUGCUUGACGUUCUCAAGAAUGUCAGGAGUAUUCGUGGAUAUGCGAGACAAGAAUAUGGAAAGGUAUAUGGCGCGUUGGCGCCGUUUUACUUCGACUUGGUGCGGGCAAAGACGCACACCGAGCCCAUCGUCUUCACUGUGUUCCGUGAUCCCGAGAGGCAGGCUCAGAUGCUGUCCAAUCUGCAAAUAUUCGGCAAAAGUGACUGGGCCCAGGGUUGCGAGCAACGGGAGGCUAAGCUCAUCAACAUGACGACCAUCUUCGAAAGCGCGGUUCUGAGAGAAUUCGAGCAAGGCUACGAAUUCUGGGAUGUCGAUGGCAGAAUGCAGAGAUAUGCACACGUUUUGCAUACCCUGAACGGUGGCAGCGCCGCCAUGGAUCUUUUUAUUCAAAAGCACCCCAUACUCAACGAGCGUGGGAGCCUGGGCAACCCCAUGGAUUGCAUCAACCAAGCCCCCCAGGACAGCAUUACGCUCGAACCCUCCCACAUGUUCUUUGCGCUGCUCGCUCGGAAGGUGAACGAGCAGAGCGCUGUCAUUAGCCGCAUCUUUCCUCGGCCGGGAAUAGUCUUCUGGGCGUUUGUGGAUAAAAUUCGAGAAGACAUCAUCAUGGAGUAUGUGACUCCGCUAUUGGAUGAAUGCCAUGAUCGACACAUGCCCUCCUACCUAAAGGCGGUCUCCGGGCUCUUCGAGCAUUGCGUACAGUUCGUACGAUCGUUAGAUCCACCGAAGGACUCGGAAGGAGGCCUUGACGAUCAUGCAAAAGAUAUUGCGCUGAAAGUGUUCGAGCCACAUCUGGAUUUGUACCUACAAGAGGAAUUGGACAGCUUUACGAGGUUCGCCGAACGCGAAGUCGACGACUGGGAGCAGAAGCUCUCGGAGCAGGACGCCACCGUCGAGUCGUUUUACAUGGGGAAUUUCAACCGACAAGCUGACAAAAACGAUUUCCUGACCUCCUUCAAGAAAGUCGUGAUGAUGCCGGUUACUGUGCUGCCCAGCGCCAUUUCUUCGCCGUUCGGGGCAAGUAAACCCGCCCCGGCCACCGCCCACAAUUCCGCGCUUCGGCGAUCUGUCGUCGGCACACCUGUGUCGUCACGCCCCCAGACACCGGGGCUCGGCGGGCCCCCGGAACGGACAGCGAGUCCCUUGCCUUCGGAGGCGCCGAACGAUGAGCUCAAGGCAAAGGCCGCACUGAUGGCCAAUCGACUCGAAGGAAUUAGAAGUCUUUUCAGUAUCGAAGUGGCUCUUAGUUUAGUGCAUGCCGCAAAGGAAGGCUUGGGGAGGGCCGAAAAAUUCGUCGCGCUAGGAGGGCAGGCUGGUGAAGAAGCCCGAGAGCAGUGCGAAGCAUUGUUCGUUGUUUUAGUCAGGAUACUCGGCCAGACGCACGUCAAGAACGGAUUUACCAAGGCGGUGGAGCAUCUAUCCCAUUACAACCCUCGCGAGAUCAGCGACCACAGCCAGACCGGCGUGGCACCACUCGUCAUGUUCAUCGAGCUGGUCAACGUGGGCGACAUCAUCUCACAAAUGAUCGACGUUUUCUACGAGCAGCAACUUGCGGCGACGAAAAUUGCCGACCGGAACGAUUUUCUCGAUCCUGCAGGUUUGGCCAAGAAGAAGUUCGAGCAGAUGCUAGAUGAGAGUGUCGCCGCAGGCCUCAACAAGGGCAUCGAUGUGUUGAUGGAUGAGGUUGAAUACCUGUGCGCAACAACCCAGCUCCCGACGGACUUCAACCCGCUGCCGUCGUCGCACGAAGCCAUCACGAAUAAAGACCCCGACAUCGGCCCAACUGUAACCGCGAGGCGCGUCACAGAGCUCGUAGCAUCGCACACCAAAAUGCUGGUGGGGAGCACAGAGAAGAGCAUGUUAGACGUGUUCAACAGCGAGGUCGGGCUGCGUUUGUUCACCGCCGUGUGCAAGCAUAUCAAACGACAGCGUAUCAGCACCGAGGGCUCAGUAAAGCUAAUUGCAGACAUGAACAUGUAUUUCGAGUACAUUCGGACGCUUAAAAACCCGGACCUUCUCGCGUACUUCAAGGCGCUGCGAGAACUAAGUCAGAUAUACCUUAUAGACGCCCGGCAUGCCAAAGAAAUGGCAACCAUAAUCGCCGACGGAGAUCGGUUCGGCGGCAUAUUUCGUGCCGAAGAGGCGUACGAAUUCGCAGAGAGAAGAGCCGACUGGUUCCAAGUUAAGAAAGACGUCGAGAGGGCGAUGUACGGACUCGAGUGCGUCCUCAUGUAGAUCCUGCAUUUGGUCCGGGAUUUCGAUCCAACACCCCCUCGUGCGCAUGACCUCUCAUCGAGUAAGGUCGAUGACAGUAAUUAACAUAGCCAACCGCUCG